CACGGUGUGAGGAUUUGUACAUCGGGACCAGACAGGAGCUCUGCAGCAAUACACCAUAUAUCAGCUAAGCUGCAAACAAACUCUCCGCAGCUUGCAUGAGCGGGUUCACUAAGGCGUGCAGAAACCCGUUCCUCGCUCUCCAGAUCUGGUUUUACGCACGUCACCGGCGCUGCUGACAAUCAUUUUUGUGCAUUAUCUUCUCUAUAGGUGUUUUGCUCAAAGUCAUUCUGGCUUAGUGAAGUAAGUUCAGAUUUUUAUUAUUUUUCCUUUGGCAAACAAAACUAAAAAAAGACUUCCGAAAUUUCACGCGUUAUUGGGCAACGCUCAGUUUUGCGCAUGAAUCUCCUCGACCCCUACCUGAAGAUGACGGAGGAACAAGACAAGUGUCUCUCUGACGCCCCGAGCCCGACAAUGUCCGAGGACUCAGCGGGUUCCCCCUGCUCGUCCGGUUCGGGAUCCGACGCAGAGAACACGCGACCGUCGGAGAAUGCGCUGUGCCCCGCAGAUGGGGUGCUACUGGGUGACUUCAAGAAGGACGAGGACGACAAGUUCCCCGCGUGCAUCCGCGAGGCCGUGUCCCAGGUACUCAAGGGCUACGACUGGACCCUCGUGCCAAUGCCCGUGCGCGUGAACGGAUCUACGAAGAACAAGCCGCACGUGAAGAGGCCGAUGAACGCUUUCAUGGUGUGGGCUCAGGCGGCGCGAAGGAAGCUGGCGGACCAGUACCCGCACCUCCACAACGCGGAGCUCAGCAAAACCCUGGGCAAACUCUGGAGACUCCUAAAUGAAGGUGAGAAGCGGCCAUUUGUGGAAGAGGCUGAGAGGCUCCGGGUACAGCACAAGAAAGACCACCCUGACUACAAGUACCAACCCCGGCGGAGAAAGUCAGUAAAGAACGGCCAGAGCGAGUCAGAGGACGGAGGAGAGCAGACACACAUCUCCACCAAUGCCAUCUUCAAAGCUCUCCAGCAGGUGGACUCCCCUGCCUCCAGCAUGGGAGAGGUGCAUUCUCCUGCUGAGCACUCAGGCUCACAGGGACCCCCUACCCCUCCUACCACCCCAAAGACUGAUGCCAGCUCAGGUAAGAUGGACCUGAAGCGUGAGCUUGGCCACCGGGCUCUGCCUGAAGGCAGUGUUGGGCGGCAGCUCAACAUUGAUUUCCGUGAUGUGGACAUCAGUGAGCUGAGCAGCGAUGUCAUUUCCCACAUUGAAACCUUUGACGUCAACGAGUUUGACCAGUACCUCCCACCUAAUGGCCAACCGGGGCCUGUUGGCGCAACUCCUGUCAGCUACACUGGCAGCUACAGCAUCAGCAGUGGGGCCCCGCUUAGUCCACAGGCGGGAGGGGGUGCGGCCUGGAUGUCUAAAAGCCAGAACCAGCAAGGACAGCAGCAGAUCACCCUAACCACACUAGGGGGUGGUGGAGGCUCAGAGGCUCCUCAGACGCAGCACAGGACCCAAAUAAAGACGGAACAGCUGAGCCCAAGCCACUACAACGAGCAGCAGGGCUCCCCACAGCACAUCCCCUACAGCCCCUUCAGCCUGCAGCACUACAGCCCCUCCUCCGCUUACCCGGCCAUCUCCAGGGCGCAGCAGUAUGAGUACUCUGACCACCAAGGAGGAAGCACCUCUUACUACAGCCAUGCAGGGGUGGGUCAGGGCUCGGGCCUGUACUCGACUUUCAGCUACAUGGGCAGCCCAAACCAGAGGCCCAUGUACACGCCCAUAGCCGACAACGCAGGGGUGCCGUCUAUUCCACAGGGCAGCCCGCAGCACUGGGAGCAGGCUCCAGUUUAUACCCAGCUCACUCGACCCUGAGUUAAAACAGACUGAGACAGGACACCAAAACACAAACAUACACAAAUAAUUAAACAAUUUAUUGUGGGUUUGAGGGGGGGCGUUCUCCUGAAUCAGACACUUGAAUUCAAAGAAGAGGAGAGCUGGACUUUAUGGCUGGCUCACAUAGUGCCUUGCUUAUUUUAUCACAAUGGAAACAUAUAUUUUUAGAAAGAAGGACCGACUUAAGAGAAUCCUCUGUGAGGAUUUAUUAAUUGUUAAUAUUUCUGUAGGUACUGUAUAUGUUUUCAUUAUUAAUGCUGUCAGGUUUUAGCCCAAAGGGAGAGUUAGGGGAGGUUGAGGUCAUGCUGCAGGGAUGUUUGCAUCAACAGGGAACCCGGUCAGAUCUGAUGGGAAGAUGGAUAGUAAGGUUUACAAAUUAGCCUGUUUGAGAAGUGCAAAUAUCUAGUUUCCUGAUCUGAGUUUCUGUACAGUUCUGUUGCCAGCUAAUUUUUAUGUGCCAUUCAGCAAGUUUGGAUUGUAUUGUGUCAUGAUUAUUGGCUAUUAUGCAACAUAAGAGAAAGACUUACAAUCCCAAUGCUGUGCCAUCUUAAUAAGAGAGACUGCAGCCACUUCCACCAACUGUGCCUUGAUGUUCCUUCUUUUAAAAACAUUUUUCCAAACCCUUUGUACGUUUUCCCGCCGUAACCACAGCUGAGAUUACAAUUACUGCCCCAUGGCAUGUGUUUGACAGUUACAGGAAGUCACCUUUAACCCCCAUGAGUACACCCCCCCCCCCCCCCCCUUUAUUUCCACAUCCCCCACAGCAUGCUGGUGUCCUCAAGUCCCCCACCCCCUUAUCAGUCAGAUCCAGUUUAACAUUUUAUUUAUUUAUUAGUGUUAACUUUAUUUUAAAGUAAAUAUUUUGCAUACUAUUCUUAUAACUGAUUAAUUGUCCUCUUUGUGGUGUAGUCAGCAUAGAACUUGGCCCUACUUUCCUUUUUUUGCAAGAUUUAAACAUGGUACAUACUGUAAUUUUUUGUUUAUUUAUCUUAUCUUAUACAUUUGUUUUAAGUGUUUGCCUUUUUUCUAACCAUUUUCAGCAGUUUGUUUUAUAGUUGUGAAGUUUAUUUGAGUCUGACUCAAAAAAAUGUCUGAAUAGGUGGAAAAUAAUCUUCUUUAACUAUAUUUACACCGUUUUUGUUGGAUCACCAGGACUCCUCGUUCUUUCUCCUCCCCACAAAGAUCAAAUCUUGACCGAUGCUGUCUUCUUUUUUUUCUGUGAUCUCUCUAUGUAUUUGUAGUGUUUCUAAACUACCUUUUGUAUAUGGAUUUUCAAUAAAAAAAAAAGAAAAUUUAUCCCAAAAAA